AUGCAACAGCAGACUUCAAACGGUGGCAUUUCCUCUGGGCUACAGCAGAAUGGUUCAACAGCUGACUCUGGCGGACCUCAUGCAAAUGGCAACAUGAUACCAGAAUCGGAUAGUGACAUCAAUGGUGUUAAUGGAGAAACAAAUCAAAAUUUGGGACCGCCGAAAGUAAUGGACAAAACCAAUCAAGAUAUUGUCAGACUCAUUGGACAACAUUUGAAGACAGUUGGGCUUAAGUAUGUAUCUCUUAAUUUGGAAAUGAAAUUCUUAUUACUAGAACAAAAAUAUUUAGAAUACUUGGAAGAAGGAUUAGUAUUGGAAGCAUUGCAUGUUUUACGUAAUGAACUCACACCUUUAGGACAUAAUACAGGUCGUGUUCACCAAUUGUCUGCAUUUAUGAUGUGCAGUGGACGUGAUGAAUUACAGACACGUGCAGGCUGGGAUGGCAAAGGUGCAGUCUCGAGGGCUGCUUUAAUGGACAGACUACAGAAAUAUCUGCCACCCUCCAUUAUGUUACCACCACGUCGCCUUCAUUCUCUUUUGUGUCAAGCUGUGGAAAUGCAAAAUCAACAGUGUACAUACCAUGUAACACAUACUCAGACAAGUUUAGAAAAUGUCUCAUUGCUUGUGGACCACAGCUGUAGCAAAGAACAGUUCCCGUGCCAUACUAUACAGGUGCUCAAUAAUCAUUGUGAUGAAGUGUGGUAUUGUAAAUUUUCUCCUGAUGGUCGUAAGCUAGCUACAGGUUCUAAGGAUAUGACUGUAAUUAUUUGGGAUGUUGAUCCAGAAACAUUAAGAGUAACUCAUAGAAAAACAUUAGAAGGUCAUACUUAUGGAGUGGCACUAAUUGCUUGGAGUCCUGAUAGCAGUCUCUUAAUUGCUUGUGGACCUGAGGAUUGUCCAGAGCUUUGGCUGUGGAGUAUUGACCCACCUGAUUAUGAACUACGGGCAACAGUAACUCAAAGUACCGAUGAUUCACUUACGGCUUGUGCUUGGUAUCCUGAUUCACGUAAAUUUGUAGCGGGAGGACUUCGUGGACAAUUUUAUCAAUUUGAUAUAGAAGGUAAUGUCUCAGAAUCAUGGGAAGGAGUUAGAGUAAAAUGUUUAUGGUGUAAAAAUGACGGAAAAACGGUUCUUGCUGCUGAUUCGCAUCAUCGAAUUCGGGGAUAUAAUUUUGAUGAAUUGUGUGACUUUACAAUAUUACAAGAAGAUCAUCCUUUGAUGUCCUUUAGUGUAAAUAAAGCAGAUCGACUUGCGCUUCUUAAUGUAGCCAAUCAGGGUGUACAUCUUUGGGACUUACAAGAUAGAUGUUUAGUAAGACGUUUUCAAGGUGUUACUCAAGGACACUUUACAAUCCAUAGUUGUUUUGGUGGUGUGAAUCAAGAUUUCAUUGCAUCCGGCAGUGAAGAUACUAAAGUGUAUGUGUGGCAUAUCAAAAGGGAAUUACCUAUAGCAAUUCUAACAGGACAUAGUAGAACAGUAAAUUGUGUUUCAUGGAAUCCUGUAUAUCAUCAAAUGAUGGCUUCUGUAUCAGAUGAUUGCACAGUAAGAAUAUGGGGACCUAGAUCAUCUUCCCCAGAAAAAGUUGAUAGCGACAAGACUGUUCCAUUAGAAAGCAAUUCUUCAAAUGGUAGUGGAUGGCAUGAAAUGGUAUCGUAGCGUACUACAGUAUAUCAGUGUUCCCAUGACCUCAUGGUGUUCAAAAGACUGUCAUAUUGAUCGUCAUACUGACUCUUUCCUGCCCCUAGCAGCUAUGUCUUUAUGCCUCAUUACUGUAAGUCUGGGUAAAUGACUACUACUGAGAGUAAAUGAAAGACAUAUUAGCAUCAUCUGCUAAUUGAUUAAAGAACAUGAUCAGGUUAUUUGAAAAUCAAUUUUUUCCUUAUUAGCAAAUUUUAUAUGAAAUCUUAUGGUUCAUUUGCCUGUAAAAAUUAAAUUUAAACGAUUUAUCAAUAUGAAUUAAUGAUAUAAAUUUUUGAAAAUAAAGAACAGCAUAAUAUGUUGAUUAAUAUAAGUUAUGACAAAAUAGAAAUUCAACAAAUUCCGUCGUAGCAUUAAUGUAAAAAGAAAAAUUGAUGUGCAUUAACAAGCAUUAAACAAAGUAAAUAACAUUGCAGCAAGAUAAAAUUUGUGAUUUUGCGAGAAUAUUAUCAAAAAAAAUUUUGUUUUGACAAAAACUGUGUCAAAUUUAAUCUUUCUAAAAAUAAAAAGCUGUAAAUAAGAAUUUCAUGCUUAAUAAAUUUCUAAUUAAUUUUUUUAAUCAUUGAUGAGGGUGAUAUCAUUCUCAUUUUUCACUAUAUAUGUAACUGCCAUCUUACAUUGAUAUUGUAUGUUUCAAAUUGUAUACAGAUGUCGUAAAUCAUGAUUAAAAAAAUGUAGAAGUACUAUAAGAAGAGAAAUUUAAUUUCAGUAAAUAAUUUGAUGACUAACUGAGAUAAAUUAUGAAGUUUAUAAACAGUUAUGAGACGUACAGUUUGACACAAGAUUAAUCAGAAAUUUGAAAAUUUGACGAUUUUAAUAUAAAAAAACAAAUUGGAUUUGUGUGUGAAAGUUGAGCAUGAAUCCUGAUAUUAGUACCUUUAUUCAGUACUGUGAUUUUAUAUUAUUAAAAUGUACGUGCUGAGUCAAAAAUUUAUAAAUAUUACAUUUGCCUUAAUAUUUUCACGCUUAUAAAAAUUUUAAUACAAUAUUGGUAAAGUACAUCGAUUCUGAAUAUUUAUUUUAAAACAUUAGUUCCUUGAUAUAAAUCAAAUAUUUGUAUAUGUCGCAUUUCAUUUAUUACAGAUAUUUUGAGUUUUAUUAUUACAAGAUAACUACAACAUCUUUUAUGGCUACAUAUAAUAUUUAAAAAUUACAAAUCAAAACUAAAAACAUGUGCUAUGAAUAAUUGUUAUUUUGAAUAUAUGUAAUAUUACAUCUUUUAAUGCUAUGUUCAUUAUAUUUUUAUAUGAUACAUCAAUUUUUGUUUUAUUCAUAGCAAAUUGUACAAUUUGCCAUUUUUUAUUUUUUAAAAAUGAUUUCUUUACUAAUAAAUAAAAAAACACGCAAUGUAUAUUAAAUUCUUUCUUUUGUUUUAACAUGGUAACGUUAAUACAUCAUAAAAAUAUAAAUAUAAAAAUAUUCUAACAAUUACUUUUCCUUUCUUGGAUUUGAUAUUAAACAAUGAAACCAAACUGGAGGUCUCACAAUAUCAGAAGUUGUAGAGUAUGUGUGUACAAAUACAUUCAGAACAGAUAAUAUUAUAAACACGUUUACAUAACAAGAGAAGUUUACAUGAAAAAGAAAUGUCUGUAGUUUAUGCCCCUAAAAUUGUAGUGAGAUAAUAUGAUACCAAUCACUAUUAUCAUUUGCAUUUACCUAUGGUGCCUUAGCACUUUAUAAUCUAAUUAAAAGUUUCCAGGAUUUUUUUAUAAUUUGGUAUAAUUUGCAAUAUAACAAAUGACAACAUAUAAUAUAAAUGACUCAUUUCACUUAAAAAUAUUUAAAUAUUACAUAUUCUUUCAUCGUAAUUCUUUCAUGUAAUACUGUUUUUUUUUUUAUUUAUAAUAUUAAUGAAGUAACAAUGAUUCUCUCUUAUAAUUAAGUAUUUUUAUAUUUAUUCUGAAAUAUUUCGAUGUUACUUUUCUAUGCAAUGAAAAAAAUUAUUAGAAUUCUUUUUUUUUUCUAUGAAAUUAGUGUACGACAACUUGAUAUACAAAAUGUACCAUGUUCAACAAAUUAAAUAUAGAAAUUUGCAUACAAAGAUUAUUUAAAUUUCAAUCAUUUGACAUAAAUAAGGGGCAAAGAUCUUUCAUACAAUCUUGGAAAUUGAAAAAAAUCUUUUUUUUAUUUAAUUUAUAGUAGAAACUAUAAAAUGGAUAAUUAAAAUAGCUACUUUUUGAACAGUAUUAUCUUGUAUGUAGAUCAUACUAUAUGAUUUCUAAAUAGUUUUGGACCAGAUGUACUGAGAUUUUGACAAAAUUAAAAAGAAUUAUAAUAAUACAUAAGCAUAAACUAAUUAUAUCUUACAUAACAAUUUGCGUUUUCACAGUGCAAUUAAAGUUGUUUAUUAGAACUAAUAUAAUUAGAUUAUAAUAUGAUUCAUCUUAUCAAGGAAGCAAAACUUAUUAAAGAAUCUUUAUGUACAUUAUUCUAUAUUUCUUAAAUUUUAAUUUCUUAUUUCGUAUGUACAUAAAAUGAUAAAUAUAUGGUUUUAUGCAAAAGAACUGCCGUUUGUUAUCAUAGCGUGUGUUUGUUCUUAAAAUAUUUAGAAUAGAUACAUUAUAUUAAAAAUGCGUAAUAUUAGGUACUAAUUGUAUGAUUUGAGACCAAUAAUGCGUGAAUUAAUUGCUUGUGUUACUUAUAAUUUAUCCGAAAAUAUUUUAAAUAAACUAUAAAGAGUCAGAUAGAUGUGUGAAUAAGAAUUUGUUUAUGCAUAGUAUGUAUAAUAACGAAUAUUUCCUAUUUUUCGAAUAACGGACAUUUCUUAUUUUUAGAAACGAAUAUGUAUUUCUUAAUCUUUUAAAAUAUAAUCUAUAUCAUAUAAAAAGUUGUUUUAGUAAGAUAUUACUCUAUUAUUACAGAUUAAAAUAAAUUGUAAUAAAUUUAAUAAUAGGUUAAUAUCAUAAUUUUGCAUUAAUAAUAUUAACAAAAUUUUGAUACAGAAUUUGUGCUUAACUUUAAAUACUUGAUAUAUAAAAAGAAUUAAAUAAAAUGAAAUUACAUCAUUUCCUGUACAAAUCAUGAAAGAAAUUAUCUUAAUAAUUAUUUUUUUAUUGCUAUAUAUAUAAAAAACACUACUUGCAAAUGCACUCUUAAAUGAUUGUUUAAAAAUGCACAUUUCCUACUUACUUACUUUAUCUAUGCUUUUGUAUGAAAAGCUGUAUAAUAAAUAUUCUUCUACAAUGUUUAAAUUAGACUGUUUCCAUAGAUACAAUGCUCUGCACUUUCUAAACGUAACGUGUGUACUAUUAAAUUAUAUCGCUAUUUUAUACAUAAAAUGUUGUGUUAUGGAAAAAGUUUAUUAUAAUAUAUUAUUUUGCAUUAACGUUUUCAAAUUUAUUUAUACAUUCAUAGUGAAAUAUGAGAAAAGAAGCAUAUUACUAUACGUGAAUGCAACAUGAAAUUUUUGAAUACUAUAUAAUAACAAUCGAUCAAAACAAAACAUUUUUUUAAAAAAUGCCUAAAUAAGGGAAAAAAUUUUUACUAUUACAACUUCUUUAUUGCAAUUAUUUCAUUUAAAAUAUAAGAAUCAACAAAAUGCUUUUAUAUUGUACAUUGUACAUUAUUCUCUGUUGAUAGAUUUACAAUCAAUUUCAUAACAUCAUAACCGAUAGAUAAGCAGAUGCAAAAAUAAGUAGAAAGAAUAUUAUAAUAUUAUUAAUUAUGUUAUAAAUAAGAUGGGUCACGUAAAAUAGGAACACUAUUUUUGGUAAUGCACAAAAAUUUUUAAGGGAGGAUCUGAAAAUACCUUAAUUAAUAUUUAAAUUGAAGGGGCAAGUAAAUAAACGAAAAGUGAUAUUUUAUCAAAAGUACUUCGUUAAAUCAUAUUUAUAUAAGAUGAAAAGUUCUAUUGUGGUUCAAAUACACCGCUUCAAAAACACAUUUUCUUUCGAAAUUCCUCGUGAUUAAAGUUGAUAUAAUUGAAUCUACAUCAUAUAAUUUUGAAAAAUGAUUAUUCUAUUAUUUGUCUCUUCAAAUUAAACAGCUUUCUCCUUUAAAUAUUUUUCAUACCACUAAAAACAAUGGAGAUAUUUUAGAUUACGAUCUUACAUGUCUCUUGCUGUAUAUUUGAUUAUAAUAAAAUUCUUUAAUAUAUCAG